UUAAUUGAAAAAUAAAAUCAGCCAGGCUUUAACUUAGACGAGUAAAAACUAAUGAUGGGUAUUUUGGCAAGCAUAUGAAAAGGGAAAGCCCAAAAGAAUUUAGAGUACAUCACGAGGUUACCAAAAACAUAUAUGACUGAAGAUUAAGAACUCUCGAAUUUUGAUGGGCAGCUGUUGAAGAUCUUACUCAGUCGUCUUCCUCUCUUUCUAUCCAUUUCCUCAUGGUUAUCCUUUGAAGUCAUAUCCAUUGCCUGUUCAUUCUCUGUAGCUUCAUUUAUAAGGCUUAGUUUCUGUGCUAGUCCAUCAGUUAGUGAGUGCAGAUAGUUGAAUGCAUCUUUAAUUGAUGUAUCUUCUUCAUCUUCUCUCAUAUACUUCAUCCAGAACUGGUUCAUUUUGAAUGCAUCCACAAUUUGUGAAAUUAACCUAGAGAUUUGGUGCAGAUUGAGAGGAUAGGAGCCAGGCUGUCAUGACUGGUACUCCUCAAGAAUGAUCUGGCCUCUUUCCACAACAGUCUCCAACUCCUGCAAUGUCUUCCUCUUGGAACCUACAUGACUGGUCAACCUCAUGUAUUUAAGAGCUAACUUCUCUUGUAAAGUAGUGGUUCUUACUAAUUAGCUCUUGGAUUCCUUCUCUUGGUUUGAAGAUCUCUCCUUUAUUGAUUUUGCUGAUUUUUGUUGAACUCUAAGUGCCACUUCCGCUUUCCAUAUUUAU